UCACUCUCCUAAAAUGGAGGAGCUGAAAAAGAAGUAAAUUAAACAAAAAGAAAUUAAAAAAAAGAGGCCAGAAAUAUUCAUUUUCUCGUUGAGCCAAUCUGAGAGAUCUGCAAAAAAAGGAGCUGCCGUGGAUCUUCAAGAAAAAGCCUUUUCCGAUUGCUCUAAUCAGGACCCGAAAAAGGAAAAAACACACUAAAUUAUACACACACAUAUAUACGUAGAGAGGGAAAAGAUGAAUAUAUUCAGAUUAGCAGGGGACAUGACCCAUUUGGCUAGUGUCCUUGUUUUGCUCCUUAAGAUCCAUACUAUCAAAUCCUGUGCUGGUAUUUCUCUAAAGACCCAGGAACUCUAUGCUCUUGUUUUUGCCUCUCGCUACUUGGAUAUGUUCACCAGUUAUGUCUCAUUCUAUAAUACGGUGAUGAAAUUGAUUUUCCUGGGAAGCUCAUUCUCAAUUGUUUGGUACAUGCGACACCACAAGUUGGUUCGGAGAUCUUAUGAUAAGGAUCAUGACACCUUUCGGCAUUUUUUUAUUGUGCUACCCUGCCUUAUUUUGGCCUUGCUUAUACAUGAGAAAUUUACCUUUAUAGAGGUAAUGUGGGCAUUCUCCUUGUAUCUGGAAGCAGUUGCCAUACUUCCUCAACUAGUCUUGUUGCAGAGGACAAGAAAUAUUGACAAUCUGACGGGACAAUAUGUUUUUCUCCUUGGGGCAUACAGAGCAUUGUACAUAUUAAACUGGGUUUUUCGCUUCUUCACAGAGCCACACUAUGUCCACUGGAUAACUUGGAUAUCAGGACUUGUUCAGACAUUGUUGUAUGCUGAUUUCUUUUACUAUUAUUUCCAGAGCUGGAAGAACAACGUGAAGCUGGAGUUGCCGGCCUGAGCAAGCUGUGGGAAGAUGCACUCGUCAGACUACUAGUGCUUUGCAUUUUCAUCACAACCUUUUUUUUUCCCUUUGAUUUUUUUUAAUUGACUGUCUUUGAAAAUGCCACAGUAGAUUUUCAUUUCCUGUUUUAGAAACACUAACAUAAAAGUAGCAAAGUUAUUCAAUGAUGCUGUUUCAAUGACUUCUGAGUCAAACAAUCGACAGUUAACAGAAAAAACAGAAGAUUAUAUCAAUGUUGAAAUUGUUUCAAUUCCUGCUU